AUGAGCCGAAGAGCAAGAACCACUGUCAACGUGGACUAUGUGGAUUUGGAUUCAGACGAAGACAGUCAAAUUGGCCAGUUGUUUCUUUUGUUUCAUGGUGACAAUGAGGAAGAAUGGAAACCACCUCAGCCAAAGGCCCCAGUCCCCAGUGCCUCAGCUACAGAGAAGAAGAGAUCCACCAAGGGACCCUCAAAAGCCAGAGUGCCGAAAAACAAGAGUCCCAAGACGACCACAAAAAAAACUAAAUCUUGGCUAAAACAGGAGAAACUUGAAAACCAAGUAAAUGUUCAGACUGGAAAUGUCAAAACAGACUCAAUUGAAGGUGAACCAAGCUUCAAAACAAAACAGGAGAGGAUUUCAUUCACCAUUGCAAAAUCAGAUGCAUGCGCCGUGGGAGGCCCAUCAUGUGCCAAUUUGACUGCAAAGAAAGAAGAAGAAGAGGAUGACUACACCUUCGAUGAACCUGUGUUGAAGAAGCAGAAGACAGGCUUACAGUCAUCUGUCCCAUCAAAACAGUCACAAGCGUCUAUGAAAGGGGAACAUGAUAUGAACUGGGACCUGAUCGAGGUGCUGUCCAUCCAGACGUGCGUGGAGCGCUGGGUAUGUGCCAACGUUGUCAAGUUGCUACGCGAGGAGAACACAGUGCCCUUCAUGGUGCGCUACCGCAAGGAGAUGAUCAAUCAUAUGGACGCCGACGCCGUACGCGAUGUCCAGUUGGUGUACGAAGAGCUAUGUGCUUUGGUAAAGAAGACCCAGUCUGUGGUAAACACUCUGAAGAAAGAUGGCGUUUUGACUGCUGAGCUUGAAAAAAGCCUGAAGAGCUGCCGGACUGCUGAUGAACUGGAUCAUGUGUACACUCCUUACAAGAAAGGAUGUAAGGUGACCAAAGUGCGCAAGGCCAAAGCGCUGGGCCUUGAGGCAGCUGCCACUGCCCUGAUUGAGGCGCCACACACACUGGAUUUAAGGAAAUGGGUUAAACCUGAAACAGAGGGUCUCUCAUCUGUGGAAGAGGUGUCAACCGGCGUGCUCCAUAUUCUGGCCUACACGAUCGCCAAAGACCCUGAGACACUCGCCUAUGUAAAAACAUUAUGCGAGAAUGACAAUGUGACCCUGCACUCAUCUGUGACUAAGACUGCACUCAAGGAGAAAGAACAGGAGAAGUCGCAGGCAAAUGACAAGAAAAACAAAAAGCAGGAUCUUGACAAGUUUCACCUUUAUUUCAACUUCACCAACGGCGUUGGGCGUGUCCAGCCUCAUCAGACGUUGGCCAUCAACCGAGGGGAGAGUCUCAAGUUGUUGACUGUGAAGGUGAACAUCCCUGACAGAGUGAAGAACAACUUCACGUGGUGGUGCAUAAACAAUAGGUGGAAACCAAGGACGUUCGCACAAGAAGCCCAUCGAGAGCUCAUCAAGAAUUCAGUAGAGGACUCGUACAAAAGGCUCAUUGUGCCUUUUCUUACCAGAAUGUACAGAACAAAUCUUACAAAAUCAGCUGAGAAGGAAUCAGUGGCCAUGUUUGUCCGAAAUCUCCGCCAGCGCUUAUUGGUGUGUCCAGUACGGGGUUGUGUAAUGAUGGGGGUUGACCCUGGCUUCAGACAUGGCUGCAAGGUGGCAAUCCUCUCCCCAACUGGUCAAAUCCUCCACACUGACGUCGUCUACCUGCACGGUUCCCGCAAUGAGAGAGAAGCAGAAAAACUACGAUAUCUUAUGACCAAAUAUAGCUGUAGCAGGGUUGUAAUUGGCAACGGGACAGCGUGUCGUGAGACAGAAUCCUUCUUUGCUGACCUCAUUGCUAAGUGCUACUUUCACCCCCUGGACGUGUCCUACUGUAUCAUCAACGAGGCCGGAGCAUCCAUCUACAGCGUAAGCCCCGAGGCGGUCAAAGAGAUGCCCGAUUUGGACCCUAACCUCAGAAGUGCAGUGUCCAUUGGAAGACGUGUCCAGGAUCCCUUGGCCGAACUUGUGAAGAUCGAUCCAAAGCACAUAGGCAUUGGAACAUACCAGCAUGACGUUUCAUCCACAGUUCUUAAAGCAGCACUUGAUGGAGUGGUGCAGGAGUGUGUGAGCUUCGUCGGGGUUGACAUUAAUAUCUGCUCCGAGACUUUAAUGAGGCACGUUGCAGGCUUAAAUACGGCCAGGGCACGAAAUAUUGCGGAAUGGAGGGAGCAGAAUGGUCCCUUUUUCAACAGGGAACAACUCAAGCUGGUCAAAGGCAUGGGACCAAAGAGCUACCAGCAGUGUGCUGGCUUCAUUAGAAUCAACCAAAGUGUCCACAGCACCAAGGAUACUCCUCCAGCAGUACCACCUAAACCAGCUGCCAAGAAGGUCAAAGGAAAGUCCAGCGCUGUCAUACCAACACAUUUCAACCCUUUGGACCAGACCUGCAUCCACCCAGAGUCCUACGAUGUGGCACAGAGGUUUCUUUCCCUCAUUGGCGAAAAUGCUAGCGAAAUUGGAAGCAAGCAUCUCAAACAAAGUGUGAACCAGAAAGUUUCCAGCAGCGGUGUUGACGAGCUAUCCAAAAAUAUAGGCACCACUCCAGAGACCCUCAGGCUUAUCAUUGACGGGCUCACCCAACCUCCCGGCUUUGACAUACGGCAAGAUUUUGGUCAGGAGGACUUUAAGCGGGGCAUUGUAUCCAUUGAUGAUCUACAGGUGGGCGCAGUCCUAACCGGCCGGGUGGAUAAUACUUGUCUUUUUGGAGCUUUUGUAGACAUUGGCGUGGGCCGCUCAGGGCUCAUCCAUAAGAGCAACAUUACAUUGGACAAAUUGCCCGCUAGCCAGCGCCGCCGCAGCUUGGCCUUAGGACCCGGGGAGAGGGUGGAGGUGCGGGUGUUGAAUGUGGACGCUCAGAGGGGACGCAUAGGGUUGGACCUGAUCAGGGUGCUACACUGA